AUUUGACAUUACUGCGCCACGACUACUGACAGCUUGACAAGGCUACUAAACGUACGCAUUGAUCAAACAAAUCACAACGAAAUGCCGAUCCUCGUCACCGACUUCAACUGGCGUCAGACGGACAAACGCGUCACAAUUCGAGUUCCUCUGCACGGAAUACACAAAUCCAAAGCAGAUCUUCUGACCACCAGCAAUUACAUCAAAGCAUCCUUCGAGCAAUUCUUCUGCGAGAUCUUCCUCCACCGACCGAUCGAUUACCAAGCGAGCGUCUGCACCUUCAACAGCGUCGAAAUAGUCUACGAAUUAGUUAAAGUGGACUGCGAUAUCUGGGAUAAACUCGAGAAGGAUGGUUUGAGUAAAGCCGAGAAGCGAGAGAUCAGAGUUAAAGCGCGAGAUGAAGAGGAGACUCGAUUGAAGGCCGAAGAGGAUUCGAGACGCGGUAAAGCCGAUAGUUUGAGGAAGUGCGGAAUCUCCGAAGCGAUACGCAUCGACACUGAUAAGAGAAAUCGCAUCGAUAUCAUCCGCAAAGACGAAAAACUGAACGCUCUCGGCGACGUCGAAGUUUGGAGGCAGAAGACCAAGAAGAAAAAAUUACCAAAACUAAAAUCAACAAGAAUCGAUCAACUACCAGAACCAAGGAAUCAACAGAUAAUUAAAGUUGAAUUCACGCCUCGCGUUCUUCCGACUCCGAAACGCGAAUCCCAAAGCGUCGAAGAAGACGAAUGGUUGGCGAAGCAAGCGGAAGCGCGAAGAUCCGCAGGAUUCGUCAGCGAAGAUCUCAGAGAUGAAGAGAAGAACCCCGAUUACCUCUUAGCCAAAGGCAACGAAUUCCUCAAGAAUUCCAACUAUUUAGGCGCGAUCAGCGCCUACUCCUUCGGCGUAGAAAUCAGCCCCAACUUCAUCCAAUUUUACAUCAAAAGAUCCGAAGUUCACUUCAUCGUCAAGAACUACCACAGAUGCAUCAAGGAUUGCUCCGAAGCUUUAGAAAGACUAAUCCCAGCGGUCGCGGCGAAUCUGAAAGAGCGAGCGAUUUGUAUCGGUCGAAGAGGUUGCGCCCUCCACAAAGUCGGGAUGAAGAAGCAAGCGAUCGAUGAGUUGAAAGCCUCAUUGAAAUUAGAAAGAAUAUCUUUGUUUGAAGAUUAUCUAUUUCAUGUUUUGAAUGAAGAUGAAGAGAGCGAAAAUGAAGGAUAA